GCGAGACAAUAUUUGACGUUGGCUUCAGAGAAUAAUGCUAUUGGCCAGUAGAGUGAAGGCGAGUCAGGUGAUUCCUGAGGAGGAGAGAGAGAGAGAGAGACGCGCCCUAAGCGGAUGCUUCGGUACACGCUAGUUUUGGGUUGUCCGCUCGCUCGCGGGUCUCAGAGCUGGUUUCAGCACUACAGUCAAUGAGAACAGCUCUCUUUUGCUUUACCUCAGUUCCGUGACAGCCCCAAGAGACGCGUCGAGAUCCGCGCGUGCGUUAACGGGAGUGAGGCAAGUCGUACCGCAUGCUGGAGCUUCGACUCGUCACGGACUCGCUUGCAGACGCCGAAGCUCGCACCACCGUGCGCCGGCUCUGACGCGUGAUGGCGGAGUGCGGGCGGAGGGCGCUGUCGCUGCUCGAGGCGGCCCGCUCGCGCUACGAGAGCCUGCAGAUUUCGGACGACGUGUUCGGCGAGUCGGGAGACGACAGCAGCGAGAACCCGUUUUACAGCACCACUGGAGACUCCAACUCGGACAGCUGUGCGGAGGCGAGCGAGAGAGCGAGCGGUGCAGGGGCCGGCGGCACGCGCGCUCCUCCUCCCGGCUCGGCCUCUGCUGGACAUGCGGAUCUGAAAGAGGGAGAAGAGGAGGACGGAUGGAACGAUGCGUUACAGGACACCGACACCCCCCUCUAUAAAGACACACACGGUCCCACACAGAAAAUCCCGGCCACCGCCACAGCCAUGGAUUUCUUCCAGCUCUUCGUACCUGACAAUGUUAUUCAGAACAUGGUGACUCAGACCAACAUGUAUGCUAAGAAGUACCAGGACCGCUUUGGCAGUGAUGAAGGCUGGACCAACGUGACGCCGGCUGAGAUGAAAGCCUUCCUGGGCUUUGUGAUCUCCACCAGUGUGCACCGCUGUGAAUCCGUCCUGAGCAUCUGGAGUAGCGGCUUCUUCAGCAACCGCAGCAUAGCACUCAAAAUGAGCCAGGCACGCUUCGAGAAGAUCCUUAAGUACUUCCAUAUCGUAGCCUUCCGUUCAAGCCAAGGAGGUAACCAGGGCCUGUACAAGAUCCAGCCCUUCCUGGAUUCCCUGCAGCAGAGCUUCAGCUUUGCCUUCCGGCCCUCACAAACACAGGUUCUGCAUGAGCCCCUGAUCGAUGAGGACCCUGUGUUCAUCACCACAUGCACAGAGAGGGAGUUGCGCAAGAGGAAGAAGAGGAAGUUCAGCCUGUGGGUGCGACAGUGCAGCUCCACUGGCUUCAUCUGUCAGAUUUAUGUACAUCUGAAGGAGGGUUCUGGUUCAGAUGGACUCGAUACACUGAAAAACAAACCGCAGCUCCACAGCCUGGUGGCCAGGCAGCUCUGUCAGAACCUGUCUGGACGUAACGCCAUCAUUUUCACCGGGCCCAGCAUCACCAGUCUCAGCCUGUACCAGGAGUUUGAGAAUCAGGAUAUCUACUGCUGUGGGUUGCUAAGCACCAGGAAGAGUGACUGCACUGGGCUGCCUGCAUCCAUGCUGCGUAACCCUGAAGGCCCUCAGCAGCGUGGCCAGUCCCACAUCAAGAUGAAGGGCAACAUGUCGCUCAUCAGCUGGUUCAACAAGGGCAACUUCCGGUUCCUCUCCAACGCCUACUCACCCAUCAAGCAAGGUGUGAUCAUUAAGAGGAAGAGUGGAGAAAUCCCAUGUCCUCUGGCUGUGGAAGCUUUCGCUGCACACCUCAGUUACAUCUGCAAAUACGAUGACAAGUACAGCAAGUACUUCAUUUUCCAUAAACCCAACAAGACGUGGCAGCAGGUCUUCUGGCUCACCAUCAGUAUCGCCAUCAACAAUGCCUACAUCCUCUACAAGAUGUCCGACGCAUAUCACGUCAAACGCUAUAGCCGUGCCCAGUUCGGCGAGAGGCUCGUCAAAGAGCUACUGGACUUGGACGACUGCUCACCUACAGAGUGAAGUGACCGCAUGCUGUCUA